AUGCUGGCGGCUUUGCGGAUGCAGCAGUCGUUGUACGAGGUGUUAAUGGUGGUUAGAGAGACCCUGAUGAUCUCUUCAGCUCUUCUCACAAUCCGCUGUAGGGUCUUGCAGUCUGUAGGGUCUGUGGGGUCUGUGCAGUUCCAAGAGUCUGAAGAUGAGCAAUCAGAGAGAGACUGUUGUCUCUACACCAUUCUGCGAGCUGCUCCGCCUUGCAUCACUGCUGCUGAUGAAACCCACAACUGCAGCGUCAUCAGCAGACUGGAUGAUCCACAAGCAGCAGCAGAAAAGAACGUCACCUCUUUACCAGCGAUGCAGUGCGUUUCCUGGCUCUCGGCUGCGCUCGUCCUGAGUGUGUGUGGAUCAGCGGUAGAUGGACAGUGCUGGGACCUCAAUGACUGCAACAGGCUCGCCUCUCGGGACAAAAUAAUAGAGUGCAUCUGGCAGUGCAGGUUGAAGCAGCUGGUCAGUAACACAGAAAACCUGCUCCCAAAUCAGCAGCAGAGCAGCGAGGAAGACGAGGAGGAGGAGGAGGAAGACAGCUUGAACCUCAACAUACUGCUCUCAGCUCUGGCUCCCCCUGACGCCGCUCGUGAACAGCUGCCCAGUAUGAGACCUCAGCGCAGCGAAGAGAGACCUUCUUACUCCAUGGAGCAUUUCCGCUGGGGGAAGCCCAUGAGCCGCAAGCGCCGGCCGGUUAAAGUGCACACGGCCGCCUCGAUGGACGACGAAGGUCACGAGGAACCGUCCACGGAGACGCCUUUUCCUCCAUUCAACAGGCGUCAGCUGGAGAGUGACGAGGAGCGCGAGCAGAAGAAGAACACAAACACAAAGAGUACCACAAAGUACCGCAUAACCCACUUCCGCUGGAGCACACCCCCUGUCGCCAAACGCUACGGCGGCUUCAUGAAGCCCUGGUCCGAGCGAUCCCACAAGCCCCUGCUCACGCUGCUCCGCAACAUCAUCGUUAAAAACGGACAAUGAGCAGGAGAAGAUGCGAGGGAAGGAAAUGUUGCUGUUUAAUGGAGUCAUAAAGUGUCAAGUUAUUCCUCGUCAUAGCUUUCUGUAGCUCACCAGGACUUCUUACAUUAUCAGUGAUAUGAGAUAUGAGGCGAGAUCUUCUGCUCUCAAUCCGCUCCCAUCGUAAAGCACAAAAUUAAAAAAAAACAUGUUGAAAAUGAUGUUCGUUGUCCAUCUCACAGUCCCAACAGGUUUCAUUAAUGAGGUCUGGUUUCCAGUAGGAAGGUUUACUUUAUUAUUGAUGUAGUUUAUAUUCUUAUAACUCAGUUCUUCUGAGAAGAGCGGUAAAAAGCUUUCAUAUCACUCAGCACCUGUCCAUUUAUGAAUCACACUGUAAAUAUUAAAUAUUCAAAUAAAUCUGCAAAGUUAUACGCAGCGAUGCAAAAUCACUGGCAACACUUUACAGUAAGGUCCACAAAUAAACAUAUACAGUAUGUAUUAUUAUUUAUAACACGCUAAAAAUGAAUGAGUUCACAAUGAUGAAUUUGACUUUCAUUUAAACAUUUAAAGACUUUUUAAAGACUGCUUGCUGAAACAGUUCUACAAGAAAAAUAAUCAAAGAACAGAAAAAGACAUCGAAACACCAGAGUAGAACCGCCCCCAACUCUACAUACCACACCCAUUUCUCCUGAUAAAACAGUUUCCUUCAUUUGCAUAUUGGAAUCUGAUUUAUUCUGUUUAUAUUUUAUGAUGCAAUAACACUUACCUGUCAUGAUUUUAAUCGGAUUAUCCAUUAAGAUUUUCAGAUUCUGUUCUUAAAAGAACGUCACCAAAUCACUGCAGUGACAAAUUUCUGCACUCUGACCGGAAUUCAUUCCCUUAAAAGGAUUUAAUCAUAAACAAUUAUGUCAAUAUUCUCGAAUAUUAAAAAAAAAAAAGUUGAAUAUAAAAACAAAAGAGUGUAGAAUUGGUGUAUGGGGGGAAAAAAUAAAAAUAAAAAAAUAUUUUUGUUAUAUUCAAAUUAAUCAUUUCGACUUUUGGGAAUAAAUAUAAUAAUAUAUAAGUAAUAAAAAUAAUAAUAUAAAGUAAUA